UUACAAUGAUGAGAGCGUACGUUUUUUUUCUUGUCUUUUCGGUCUGCGUUGCACUGAGUGGCGGAGCAUGUCCUGUUGAAAUGUGUACAGCGGAUUUGAAACCUGCCAGAUGUCGUUCAGUUUCGUUUUUCGUGCAUGAUGGUGAAGUUUGCCAAAGCUGUGACCUAUGCGUAGAAAAAUCGAAGAACCUUGUAGACGGUUGUCCACUUAGACCAUGCAAUAGAAUGGCCAUACCUGACCGAUGCAGACGAGAUGUGUAUUAUGUAUACCAGGGAAGAAAUAUCUGCCAGGAUUGUCCACGAAAUGCUUGCCAAUUUUAAGACAAUAA